AUGAGCACUGUAGGUAAAGUCAUCACUUGCAAGGCAGCCGUUGCGUGGGGUCCAAAAGAGCCACUCAAAGUUGAAACGAUCACAGUCGAUCCUCCAAAGGCCGGAGAGGUCCGAAUGAAGGUCAACUUCACUGGAGUCUGCCACACGGAUGCUUACACACUCGGCGGACACGAUCCCGAAGGUCUUUUCCCAGUUAUUCUCGGUCACGAAGGCUGCGGAACCGUCGAAUCCGUUGGCGAGGGCGUCGAUCACGUGAAACCAGGCGACGUUGUCAUCCCUCUCUACACUGCACAAUGUAGAGACUGCAAAUUUUGCAGGAAUCCGAAGACCAAUCUCUGUCAAAAGGUCCGAGCUACUCAAGGCGCAGGAAAAAUGCCCGAUGGAACAUCUCGAUUCAAGUGCGGCGAUAAAGAAUUAUUCCACUUCAUGGGAUGCUCGACAUUCUCUGAAUAUACUGUCGUCGCCGGCGUAUCUGUCUGUGCCGUCAAUCCUCAGGCACCUCAGGAUAAAGUAUGCCUCCUUGGCUGUGGAAUCACCACUGGAUACGGCGCCGUAUUGAAUACAGCGAAGGUAGAAGAAGGAUCGACUGUAGCUGUCUGGGGACUUGGCGCUGUUGGUCUUGCAGUUGUCAUGGGCGCAGUGAAGGCGAAGGCAUCGAGGAUCAUCGGCGUGGACAUCAAUCCAGGCAAAUUCGAAGUGGCGAAACAAUUUGGAUGUACUGAUGUGGUCAAUCCGAAAGACUAUGACAAGCCAAUUCAAAACGUUCUUGUUGACAUGACAGAUGGUGGUUUGGACUACACUUUUGAAUGCAUUGGAAACGUCCACACUAUGCGUGCUGCUCUGGAAGCUUGCCAUAAAGGAUGGGGAGAGUCUGUAAUCAUCGGUGUCGCUGCGUCAGGCCAAGAAAUCAGCACGCGCCCUUUCCAGCUGGUUACCGGUCGAGUAUGGAGAGGUACAGCCUUUGGGGGAUACAAAUCCCGUGAUUCGGUUCCCAAGCUUGUGGAAGAAUAUCUCGCUGGUGACAUGAAACUUGACGAAUUUGUCACUGGUCAUAUGCCGCUCACAGAAAUCAACCAGGCUUUCGAAGAUAUGCAUGCUGGCCGAGCUCUGCGUACGAUCAUCGACUUGUAA